AAAACCCAUAUACAGCAAAUUAAAUUUCUCAGUUGCUUGAUGAUGGUCGCAGAAACCACGGUAGAAGACCUCUUGAAAAGGCCGCUAUACGUUUAUGAUCUACCACAGGAACUUCUCUCAACCUUGACCACGAAAGCCGGCGAUCAACUGCUUUCGGUCAAGAAUGUCGCCGAUACUACCCCCGAAGACUCGAAUGGAGCGGCUUUGGAACAUGCGAUAGCCACGUCGAACAGCUGUAUUCUCUGCAAAGUCACAUACACCAGUGUGCAGGAGCAACGCGACCAUGUGCGGUCGGACCAUCACAAGUACAACCUGAAAGUGCAACUCAGGGGCGGUCCGACACUAGAUGAGGUACAGUUCUCCAAGGCGAUCGGAGAGCUUGACGAAUCUAUAUCCGGAUCGGAGUCAUCGGAAGGAGAGAAUGAAGAGGAAGAGGGGCAGCUUACGGCGCUGCUGAAGAGACAGGCCAAGAUUUCGCAGGAGACUCAGGAUGAAGACGACUCGCGAUCUAACAAGAAGCCCACGAGUAGACCGCCGUUGUUUUGGUUCUCGAGCUCUGCGCUGCCCUCGAACGUAUCGCUCGGUGUCUACCGGGCUUUGUUCUCGGAUGUUGAACAGGACGAGCCUCAGCAUCUUGUUGCCUCACUGCGGAAGAAGCAACUUGUGCCCACCAAUGCGCCAAUGAACGGUACCGAGGAGCAAGCGAAGCCACCCCCUCCUAGUCCUCAUAUCUUCAUGUGUAUGAUCGGUGGCGGCCACUUCGCCGCGAUGAUCGUAUCGCUGGCCCCAGAGAUUCACCGGAGACAAGGUGGCGUCGAAGACCGACAGGCUCGGGUGAUCGCGCAUAAAACAUUCCAUCGCUAUACAACGAGACGGAAGCAGGGUGGUUCGCAGUCUGCGAAUGAUGCCGCAAAGGGCGCCGCGCAUUCGGCGGGUUCGAGUCUUAGAAGAUACAACGAAGCGGCCCUGGAAAAGGAAAUUAGGGAACUGCUCUCCGACUGGAAGCAGUUAAUUGAUGAAGCGGAGUUGCUAUUUGUUCGGGCCACGGGUAGCACGAAUCGGCGGAUCCUGUUCGAGAAGUACGAUGGGCAUGUUCUGAAGCAGAAUGAUCCCAGACUGAGAGGGUUCCCAUUCAGCACUCGUCGUGCCACCCAGGGCGAACUAAUGCGUUGCUUCAAGGAGCUUACCCGGGUCAAAGUGAGUCAAGUGGACGAAGCUGCCCUUGCUGCAGCUGCAGCUGCAGCCAAGGAGAAAGAGGAGGCGUCGAAGCCGUCGACACCUCGGCCACAGCAGCAGAAGCCUAAGAUAUCAAAAGAGGAGGAGGAAGCUCUACUUCAUACAACGCAGAUUCAAGCUCUGAUUCGACGCUCCAAAAUCCCCGCUUUGAUGUCAUAUCUCACCAAGAAUGCUAUCCCCUCUUCGUUCACAUUUCAACCCUCUAAUUCCCAGCAGAACUUCCGCUGCCCAACUUCACUUCAUCUGGCUGCCAAUCUGAACUCAUCUUCCAUGGUCCUAGCUCUUCUAACCAAGGCCGAUGCGGAUCCGACAACAGUGAACUCCGAAGGGAGAACGCCAUUCGAGCUUGCAGGCGAUCGUGCCACUCGUGAUGCCUUUCGCAUCGCUCGCCAUGACCUAGGAGAUUCAAAAUGGGACUGGGCCGCCGCCAAAGUCCCAUCCCCCAUUUCCAAGGACGAUGCGACCAGUCGACUGGAGCAGGAGCGCAAAACUGCAGAGGAGGAAGAAGCAAACCGACGCAAGGCCGCAAUGGCUCGAUUGCAGAAAGAAGAAGCCGCCAGAGCAGCAGAGCAAGCCUCGAAGAAGCCGGCCGGUAGAAGCCUGGGGGCUAUUGAGAAAACCGCCCAGGAAAAGCGGGAAGAGGAGAUGCGCGGGAUGACACCGGAGAUGAGAAUGCGACUGGAAAGAGAGCGUCGCGCCCGUGCGGCGGAAGAGCGGUUUCGGCGCAUGCAGGGUAGUUGAGCCAUUGGGUUUAUAGAUUCGGCUGAGGCGUUUUCUCAGCUCAUAAGCUGACUUGUUGUAGCGUUACGAAGAGCAUAUGAUACCUUGGUAUGAAUAUAGAUGAAUGGCCAC